AUGGGGCCGUUGCGUUGGCAGGUGGCCGCCGCCAUGGCAGUAGGCCUCACGCUGGCCCUGGAGGCGCUGCCCUCCGUGCUGCGCUGGCUGCGGGCAGGGAGGCGGUCGCGGUCGCGGCGCGAGGUGCUCUUCUUUCCGUCGCAGGUGACUUGCACCGAGGCCCUGCUGCAGGCCCCGGGUGCGGGGACGGAGGAGCCCUCAACGGACUGCCCAUGCAGCCUGCCUCACGGCGAGAGCUCGCUGAGCCGCCUGCUGCGCGCCCUGCUGGCGGCCCGCGCCAGCCUCGAGCUCUGCCUCUUCGCCUUCUCCAGCCCGCAGCUGGGCCGCGCCGUGCAACUGCUGCAUCAGCGCGGAGUGCGCGUCCGGGUCAUCACCGACUGUGACUACAUGGCCCUCAAUGGCUCGCAGAUCGGGCUGCUCCGCAAGGCAGGUAUUCAGGUUCGACACGAUCAGGACCUUGGCUACAUGCAUCACAAGUUUGCCAUAGUGGACAAGAAGGUGCUGAUCACCGGCUCCCUCAACUGGACCACACAAGCCAUUCAGAACAAUAGAGAAAAUGUUUUGAUUAUGGAGGAUGAAGAGUAUGUGAGGCUUUUUCUGGAAGAAUUUGAGCAUAUUUGGGAAGAGUUUAACCCCACAAAGUAUACCUUUUUCCCACAAAAGAAGAAAGGUCACUGAAGCCGUGCCGCCGUCUGUCUCCAGGGCUGGAGGAGAGCAUGCUGGCUAAUGUUGAAGGACAUUUGGUACCUACAGCUGCAA